CUGAGCUAAAACUUGAGCCGCGUUGUUUUUAGCCCAUAUUUGUUCACAAUUUGGCAAAUUAGCACUAUUUAAAGCAUGCCGAAUUAGAUAUUAGCAGUUUAAGUGUGUAAUUUAUCCACGAAUAUGCAGACAACUGCAACUGGAUUACUCUGACACAGAAGAAAACUUUAAAACGUGAUUUUCUUUCCCGUCUUUUGUCCUAUGAUUUUGAUUAAUGGACGUGUAUUCGUAAUGGACAUUGAUAUCUUCAGACACACCAGAUACCAGCUUCCCCAGACCUGUUUAUUGCCAUUCUCUACCUGUCCACCAGAGGCCCUCAGACUCUUCACAUCACCCCCCCACUCACCUGCUCACCUGCUUCCACUCUCCCUCAUCAGCCCUUCAGUAUAAAACCGGCCCAUAUUCGCUCAUUCUCGGCCAGAUCAUCAGAAUUUCAAGGUUCCUCAUCCCUUGCUUUUCCAGCCUCUGACCCCUGCAACCUGACCUCUGGAUCUGCAGCUACCUGAACUGUUCCCUGCCCUAUUCCUGCUGUCCUCUGGACUCAUUAACUCAGUUUGGACAUUGUAGUAAGCUGCAUCCCCAUCAAUCAUCAGGACUUUUAGCCAUAUUUAUGCCAUGAACAACACUGUACCCUGCAGGGAUUAACUUCAUUUAAACUCUAAGAAUCAACAGUUUUCAGAGCUGUUUAGCUGCGUUCUGUUUAAUCCCUGCUAACACGCCCGAGGCAGUGUGCACAACCUGUGCAACAAACACCAACAUGCGCACACGCAGAGUGGAGCAUACUCACUUUUCGAGGACAGAGAGGGGUAAGAGGCUCAAGGCUCCUCCCUGAGAGUUUGUGAAAACAUUCCAGCAAAGUGAGAGCGGUCAAAGAAUUGGAAACUCUCAGAGCGGCCUCUUAUACUCACGCUCUAUCCUUUCUCACGUCUUUGUACAUAUAGUUACACUGUGUACAAAGUGUUUGUGUGAAGCUCUGCAGACCAACACGUCAAGGAGAGGAAAAAAAACCUGAAGGAGCAUCUAAAGUCUGGACAAAGACACUGAGCUGUCCCCAUUGAUCGGCUCAUAAUGAAGCCGGUGUUUGUCCUCCUUGUUUCCGCUGCCUGGACUUUGACUGGAGCCCAGUAUUACUACCAGGGGCUGAUGGAUUAUCUGGAGAACAGGUUGUUGGCUAUUGAGGACCGCAUGCAGUUGUGGCACGAUCAGUCUCAUCGCUACCACACAGAGCUGCUGGAUUUCAAAAAGCUAACUGCUGAGGCCAUGGACGGGCUGAAAAAUGAACACGGCAUGAUGUUCAAAGACCUGGAAGGAGCCGCGGCCCGAGUGGACCGGGUGGAGAGAGAAAUGGACUACGUAGAGACCCAGACUUCCCCUCGGGCCUGCGCGAAUAAAGCAGACAAGGUGGUGGAGCAAGGAGCCUGGGGACUGGAGGAGAGCAGAGGAGGAGAGGAGGAGGAGGACUGGCAGGAGCUGCACUCCAGAGUCACUGACUGUGUGGAAAUCAUCUCUGGCAUCAGAUCAGUGAAGAUCCUGAAGAGAGUGGGCAGUCCUAAGGGCAUGUGGACCAGAGACUCCAGGUCGUCCAGAGUUUACGUCUUUAACGGGACAUCAGGAGACAGCAUCUACCAGUUUAACUCUGUACAAGACUUCUCCCGCUCUUUUGGCGUCAACGGCAGCCGACAGAUCAGACUGCCCUCUGACUGGAGCGGUCCUGGCAGCGCUGUUUAUAACGGCUAUCUGUACUACAUACAGGAGGAGGCUGAUGCAGAUGUGCAGGUGGUCAAAUAUGACCUUCUGAGUGGCUCUGUGAUGGACACCGCCAUGUUCCCAGUGGAGAGCCAAGCUACGGUUUACAGCCUAAACCCAGAAACUGUUGCGGAUCUUGCAGCCGACAGCGAAGGGCUUUGGCUCUUAUAUGCCACCAGCAGCGACGAACCAAACAUUCACCUGGCAAAGAUGGACCCCGACACGCUGGAUAUAGAACAAAUCUGGGACACCCGGUGCCCUCGAGAGAACGCAGAGGCGGCUUUUGUAGUCUGUGGGACCGUCUAUGUCGUUUACAACACACGUAUGGCCAGCAGGUCCCGAAUCCAGUGCCUGUUUGACGUCAACGACAUGGUGGUCAGUGAGGAGGCUCCCCUGAUCUACUUCCCCAGGAGGUACGGAGCCCACACCAGUUUGAAAUACAGCCCCGAGGAGAAACAGCUGUACGGCUGGGACGAUGGAUACCAAAUCAUUUACAGACUGAGCAUGAAGAGGAAGCUCCUGGUGUGACAGCGGGGAAGUGGUGUGUUCAGAGGCAGAUAUGAAGAAUAGGAGCAGUAGCCUUCAGACUCUUAAUUAACAGUAGAUUUAAAAGACCAGUGUUUAAGAUUUAGUGGGAUUUAAUGGCAUCUAGUGUUGACGUUUGCAGAUUGCAACCAGCUGAAACUUCUCCUGGUUUGAAUUCCGUCAGUGUUUAUUGGUCACAAGGUUUUUAAUGUACGACAGAUUAUCCACAGAGGUCGCUCCCUCUCCAAAACAAACGGACCAGGGCUCUGAUUUAGAGUGUGUAGGAUCUACACUAAAAGGUGAUUUGGGAUGUGAUGGUGAGAUGGAGCUGAUGAAAAAUUAGCAGAAUUCAAUAGGCUGGUUUCCAUUAACCCUCUAAUUGCGCAAACUGAAAUUGCGUUGACGAUGUCUGAAGAUGACGACCCGCUCUCUAUGUAGAUAUAAAUAGCUCAUCUAAGAUUACGAAAUCACAACAAUUCUUUUUUUUGAGAUGUUUAUACACAAAUUAUAUUUUACUCCAUUUCAGCCUAUACUUCCCUCUAAAUCCUCCACACUGGACCUUUAAGACACACAUUUUUGGCAAAAGAAUUAGCCUUUGCACUCCUAUUUAUUAAUUUGACCUUUUUCUUUUGUGUGUAAAAUACCACAACAAAACAUGAAAAUGCCACUCAGUUCAUUAGAGGCUGUCAAGUUGUACUUGCUAUGUGGUGUUUUGUGUCCUCCCCUCUAUUUAAUU